AGAUAACACAGCCAAGCCAAGCAAAAUAUAUUGCUUUUUUCAGCUGAUGCCAUUGGCACGCACAAACACACACCAACAAGAAAAUAAAAUAAAAUCCUUGCAAUAAAUAAUUAAAAAAGGAAAAUCCCUGCACUGAUUCAGAUUUUUCAUUUACCGAAACUUCGUCUGAUUUUCCUCUCAUCAACCCUCAAUUGCAGUCCCAUUGAGUGGGAAAAUUUCUGGCGGUUGAAGUAUUUGGGCGUGUCUGCAUUAAACAUUCCGUGAACAUACAAGAUUACAAAUUUACUUUUUUGUACUUAUAGAAAGGGCCGAUUGAAAGUUUUGCUAGUCUGCCACCUCAUGUUUUCUAUGCAUAGUUUAUGGUCGGUGGACUUAUAUGGGUUUUCCUAUACUGGGACUUCAUUGUAAAAGCAAAACCAACAACUUUCCAUUGUUAAUGGAGCAAGCUGAUGACCAUAUCCACGAUGAGCAUGUUAUUGACAUGACAAGUAGUAGUGAUGCUUCGUCAUCUACCUCAUCUCGUGAUCUAACAUCUCGUGGCUUAGAGCAGCAUCAUGAUGUAAAUCAGCCACCUACUAGUGUGAGGGUUCCAGUAUACCAGCCUCCGCUAUUUUCAGCAAGUACAUCGAACUCAAGGAGCUCAUCACUUACUCAGAGGGGAAAUGGGCGUGGCCGCCGGAGGAGUCCAUUAAAUUCUGGGUUAUGGAUUUCUGUUGAGCUAGCAUUAACAGUGAGCCAAAUUAUUGCAGCUAUGGUUGUGCUAUCUUUGUCAAGGCACGAAUCUCCACAUGCUCCUUUGAAAACUUGGGUUGUGGGUUAUGCGUCGGGUUGUGUAGCCAUCCUUCCUCUUCUAUAUUGGCGAUUUCGCUAUCGAAACAAUGGUUCUGAGCAGGACUCAACUCAGCACAUGCAGGGUUCUUCUCAGAACAACUUCUCUGCAGGCCCUUCAAGUAGAAGAGUUUCUGAAGUAGAAGAUCGUGGGACAACUGGUACAACAUCUAGCAGUGGUCCAAACGUUUCGCCAAGACUUAGGACACUUGUGGAAUACUUCAAGAUGGCUUUAGAUUGUUUCUUUGCAGUGUGGUUUGUGGUUGGCAAUGUGUGGAUUUUUGGCGGGCACUCGUCUUCCACUGAGGCUCCAAACUUGUACAGGUUGUGUAUAGUGUUUCUUACCUUUAGCUGUAUUGGAUAUGCAAUGCCUUUCAUUCUGUGCACAACAAUCUGCUGCUGCCUUCCCUGUAUAAUUUCAGUCCUGGGUUUCAGAGAGGAUUUGGCUCAAAAUAGAGGAGCUACACAAGAAUCAAUUAAUUCUCUGCCAACUUACAAGUUUAAAGUGAAGAAGAGCAAGAAGAAUAGCAAUAAGGAGAUUAACUCGGCCACAGAUGAAGCUGGAAUAGUGGCUGCUGGAACAGAGAAAGAGCGUGUGGUAUCUGGAGAGGAUGCGGUUUGCUGCAUUUGCUUGGCAAAAUAUGUGAACAAUGAUGAACUCCGGGAAUUGCCUUGCUCUCAUUUCUUUCACAAGGAGUGUGUGGAUAAAUGGCUGAAGAUCAACGCGUCAUGUCCACUUUGCAAAGCCGAGGUUGGUGAAACCGUUUUGAGUUCACUCACUGAAGCGACUGCCAGUCUACGGCAGAAUACCAUGUUUUAAAUUGCUAAAGAAAAUGUUGCAAGUCGAAACAAUGUUUAUGUUCGCUUGUUCUUGUGAUUGAGAGCUGGUUUUAUGUAUGGUCGCAUCUGGAGAAAUGAUGUCCAUCAUUAUAUCAAGAGAAAGAUUCUAUCAGAAUUAUAUAAAGUGAACAUAUUGGCAAACUGCUUGUAGUAUGGUCUUCUGGUGAACAUGCAUGAUAAAGUAACUGCUCUCAUUUUCUCCCUCUCUUUUAGUGCUUUGUCUUGUUUACUUAAAAGUGAUAAGUGGUGUCUAUAA